UAGUGAAAGUAUUCAAGUAUAAGCAUUGCAUUGUACUCAAGUUUCAAAUUAAAAGCGUUGGCAGACAAAUACUAGAGAUUAAUUUCACAGAUUAAAUCCUAAUGGGUUUUAUGGAUUUUCAUCCUUUCGCAUAAGCAGAGGAUGGAAAUAAACUCUUGUCCAGGUUUGGCAAAUUCUCUACAUCUUUUUAUCUGAAUCUAUUUUUUGUUUUGGAGCUGAAAGAAGGCCAUUUUUUUCUAAAGCUGGUGCAAGGAUGCGAGAUUUUUAUUUUGCUAACUAGCCAUAUUUAUCUCAGAGUGUAGAAUGGUAAUCUACAAAGUAACCAGUAACUCAAGCUGCCAGAUAAAUGUGAAGAAAAGGGCGGACAAGCUCCUGCCUCACAGCGUUACUGGGCUUGGACUGCACAAAUCCUGCAAAUCCUCCUGAGUUUUUCAAAUACUCCCACAAUGUCCUCCACUAAGGAUUGUGAUGAUUGGGAAAACCGGAGUCGGGAAGAGUGCGGUUGGUAACACUAUUGUGGGCAGAAACGUUUUUGAGUCUUCAGCGAGUGCGCAGUCUGUGACAGAGAGCUGCGAGAAAGAAAGGGUCAAAAGUCACCGAAAGAUCCACGUGGUUGAUACGCCUGGGAUUCUGGAUACGUCUAAAAGUGCAGAAAGCAUUAAGAGAGAGAUUGCAAAAUGCAUCCAGGUGACCUCUCCUGGCCCUCACGCCUUCCUACUGGUUAUCCAGAUUGGCAGGUUCACCAGAGAAGAAGAAAAUUGCGUGCAAGCCCUAGAGAAAAUCUUUGGACCUGAUGCAUCUAAGUACAUGAUUGUUCUGUUCACGCGUGGGGAUGAGCUGCAGGGCACAACCAUACAGCAGUAUGUGCAAACGGGCCACCCGAAACUUCAAGAGGUGAUAAACAGGUGUGGUAACAGGUACCAUGUCUUCAACAACAAGAAAAGGAGGAACAGAGCUCAAGUGGUUCAGCUGAUCAAGAAGAUCGAUGAGAUGGUGGCAGCGAAUGGGGGAAAGCACUUCAGUGAGGAAAUGUAUGUGGAGGCAGAGCAGACUCUGCAGCAGAGGAAGAACAGAGACUCAGCAGAGCAGCAGGUUUACAAUUUCUCCUUCAUGUCUGAUCUGCUGCAGAGGGUCAUGCUGUUUCAGGCCAUAUUGGCUGCUGCUGCGCAGGACAACACAAACAACCUGGACAACUCCAUCGCUGCCUCCUACUCCAACAUGAGACCUGCUGCCUGA